AGCCUAUGCCUGGGAAAGAACUCUUGUCUACCCCUUUCAAUGUUUAUCCUGACGUCAGUUACCAGAACUCGCGCUGCCCCUGUCUUGCUCAGUCUCAACUACGUUUCAGCAAGAAUUCGUGGAAUCGAUGGUCUCGAGUCCACAACUUGCAAAUCGGUCCUAUGCGGAGUCACUGAAAUGAUUUCUGCGGGGUUUUCAAAGUGGAGUUUAACAGAAAAAUGAACACCUGUGCUUUUCUACUGAUCCUGGCCGUUCAGAUCUACGCCGAUGGCAUUGAGGGACCAACAGCGGCGGGCUGCACCUUCGACGAGGACUCCGACCCCAGCCUGUGUGACUUCACCCAGGGCGAGGAGGACGACUUUGACUGGCAGCUGUUCCGCACCCACAACUCUCCCCACGCCAGCUCGGACCUCCUGCGCGGGUCCUACAUGCUGGUGAACUCUUCCCAGCAUGCCGCGGGCCACCGCGCUCAGCUCCUGCUGCAGACGCUGAGCGAGAACGACACGCACUGCGUCCAGUUCAGCUACUUCCUGUACAGCCGCGACGGCCACAGUCCGGGGGCCCUGCGCGCCUACGUGAGGGUGAACGGGGGCCCGCCGGGCAGCCCGGUCUGGAACAUCUCCGGCUCUCACGGCCGUCAGUGGCACCAGGUGGAACUGGCGGUCAGCACUUUCUGGCCCAGUGAGUACCAGGUCCUGAUUGAGGCAACCGUUUCCAGGGAACGGCGAGGCUACAUCGCCAUCGAUGACAUCAUGUUGCUGAAUUACCCCUGCUAUAAGGCGCCCCAUUUCUCGCGGCUGGGGGACGAGGAGGUCAACGCGGGUCAGAAUGCCACCUUCCAGUGCGUGGCGUCCGGGCGGGCGUCCGAGGCCGAGACUUUCCUACUGGAGCGCCACAACGGAGACGUGACGUCGACGGCGUCGGUCAAACACCUGAGUCCGCGCUUCGUGGCGGCCUUCCAGCUGGAGCACGUGCAGCGGUCCGACCAGGACCUCUACCGCUGUGUCACCCAGUCCUCCAGAGGCUCCGGGGUCUCCAGCUUCGCUGAGCUCAUCGUCAAAGGUGAGCCCCGCAGCUCGGUGAACGAGUCCAGCAGCCUGCUGGGGGGGUCCCCUCGGCGCCAGUGCGGGCGCAAGGGCUCGCCCUAUCACACGGGCCAGCUGCACCCCGCCGUGCGCGUGGCCGACCUCCUGCAGCACAUCAACCAGAUGAAGACGGCCGAGGGCUACGGCUUCAAGCAGGAGUACGAGAGCUUCUUCGACGGCUGGGACUGCACCAAGAAGAAGGACAAAACCAAAGGCAGACAUGACACCUUAAUGGGCUACGACCGCCACAGGGUGAAGCUCCACCCCCUGCUGGGAGACCCCAACUCGGACUACAUCAACGCCAACUAUAUAGACAUACGGAUUAACAGGGAAGGCUACCAUCGAUCCAACCACUUCAUUGCCACUCAGGGUCCGAAGCAGGAGACGGUGUAUGACUUCUGGAGGAUGGUGUGGCAGGAGAACUGUUUCAGCAUUGUCAUGAUCACGAAGCUGGUCGAGGUGGGCAGGGUCAAGUGCUGUAAAUACUGGCCGGACGACAGCGAGAUGUACGGAGACAUCAAGAUCACCUUGCUGAAGACCGAGAGCCUGGCUGAAUACACCGUCCGAACGUUCGCCCUGGAGAGGAGAGGCUACUCAGCCAAGCACGAGGUGCGUCAGUUCCACUUCACGUCCUGGCCGGAGCACGGCGUGCCCUACCACGCCACCGGGCUGUUGGCCUUCAUCCGCAGGGUCAAGGCCUCCACGCCCCCCGACGCUGGCCCUGUGGUGGUCCACUGCAGCGUGGGGGCGGGGCGGACGGGCUGCUACAUCGUGCUGGAUGUCAUGCUCGACAUGGCCGAGUGUGAGGGCGUGGUGGACAUCUACAACUGCGUCAAAACCCUCUGCUCCCGACGCAUCAACAUGAUCCAGACUGAGGAGCAGUACAUCUUCAUCCACGACGCCAUCCUGGAAGCGUGCCUGUGCGGGGAGACGGCCAUCUUGGUGAACGAGUUUGCCCUCACCUACAAAGACAUGCUGCGGGUGGACUCGCAGAGCAACUCCUCCCAGCUGAGGGAAGAGUUCCAGACCCUGAACUCGGUGACCCCUCACCUGGAUGUGGAGGAGUGCAGCAUCUCGCUGCUCCCCCGGAACCGGGAGAAGAACCGCAGCAUGGACGUCCUGCCGCCCGACCGCGCCCUGGCCUUCCUGGUCACCACGGAGGGCGAGAGCAACAACUACAUCAACGCCGCGCUCACCGACAGCUUCCACCGGCCCGCCGCCUUCGUGGUCACACCCCACCCCCUCCCCGGCACCACCGCCGACUUCUGGAGGCUGGUGUACGACUACGGCUGCACCUCCGUGGUCAUGCUCAACCAGCUCAACCAGUCCAACUCGGCCUGGCCGUGUGUGCAGUACUGGCCCGAGCCUGGGAUCCAGCAGUACGGACCCAUGGAGGUCGAAUUCCUGUCCAUGUCGGCUGACGAUGAUGUCAUCACUCGCCUGUUCCGGGUCAAGAACGUCACAAGGCUGCAGGAAGGGCAGCUGGUGGUGUGCCAGUUCCAGUUCCUGCGCUGGUCGGCCUAUCGAGACGUCCCCGACUCCAAGAAGGCCUUCCUCGGCCUGCUGGCCCACGUGCACAAGUGGCAGAGGGAGUGUGGGGAGGGGCGCACCGUGGUGCACUGCCUGAACGGAGGAGGACGCAGCGGAACCUUCUGUGCCUGCACCAUCCUCCUGGAGAUGAUCCAGCACCAGAACGUGGUGGACGUCUUCUACUCCGUCAAGACGCUGCGCAACUCCAAGCCCAACAUGGUGGAGUCCCUGGACCAGUAUCGGUUUUGCUACGACCUUAUUCUGGAGUACUUGGACUGCAUAGAUGAAAGAUAGCAACAUGCUCGUCAUCUGAAGGGGCCUUUGCGUCUGACGUCACGUUAAUGUUGAGGUGGCAGGGCGGAGCUGUGGUUGGGAGGGGACAAGAGAAGAAGAAAUAUUCGGAGGGAAGUGUUGGGGACUUUUUACCUUUAAUGUACAGCUGUGAUUUCCUCCAUCAUAACGGUGAUGUCUUGUCUCUCUUUAAAGGAUCUUUUUUUGUGCUUUUUUUUUGUAGUCUGCCUAUAGACUGAAGCGAUAUUUUUUCCUCAGUGUUUGGAAGACAAGGGACUAGCAUGGGACAGCGAAGACCUGGCCAGUCUGCAGACUCCUCUCCUGGUUAUGUGUUGUGUUCGUUUAGGUUCUGUUUUUCCUCCAAACAUGACUACAGCAGUUAUUUCCUAAAGUCGAAAAUAUCUCUCCAGUUUUGCCCUCUCUGCAAACGAGCCAAGCCACAACAGCAGUCCGGCGUGGUUCAGACAAGACAACAUCUCCACCACAAACUGCCUUACUCUCCCCCACACACUGGGGACGAUUCCACUUUACCACACCGAUCUGAGCGUCAUGCCAACGACAGCGUGAUGCCUUUGUGGCAGAUGAUCAACACACGAGUCACCUGUGUCUACGAGAACCACGUACUGAAGUACAGCUUGACGUUGUUGUCGUUUUCGUGGGGGGGGGGACGUUUUGUUUUUUGACGAGCAUCAGCGGGAGGUGUUGUAAUGGUGCCAACCCCGUUGACCGACUUGAAUCCUCUGGUCACUUUAAAGUCCCCGUUUACGUUGAAACGUGUAAAUAUACUCCAUUUGCUGAUGUUCCCGUUCCAAAGUGAUUGUUUGUAUUUUGUGGCUGGGCAGCUCUGAACGACAGCGUUAGCAGAGUGUUCUAGAUCGGGGACAGACGUGUACAAUUGUAUCGUUCCACGUACUUGAGAACAACGCCACAGGUACCGUAUCAAGGCACAAGCUGUAACAUCACUGUGCUUGUUUCUGGACUGAAGGGAUUAUAAACCAGAUGUAUCUGGCAAGACCCAUGACCUCUCAUAGUUCAAAUCACAGUGCAGCCCUAGGAAAUCUGUCUGGAAUGUUGGUGACAUUUUGCCGAGAAUGUUGGGUGACGUUUGGACAGAGUGCUAGUGACGUUUGGCUCCAGUGUUAGCGGAAGGUUGGCCUGUCACGUGUGUUUAGAUAUCAAACUGCCACUUGUGCGUCACAUGGUGUUCUCCACGCUCGCCAUGGUGGUUUCUGUUUCCAAAUGUAAAACCCCCGAAGGGAUGAACUUUUAGAGGAAGAAUCCCAUUUCCACUCAAAAACAUGCUCUCGUUUUUGAGCUUAUUCAUCUUCUCAAGAACACGUGAAAGGCAGUGGGUGACUGCUAUCCACAGCAACCUCAUCCUCAGUAGUUACAAUGUAGAACACAGUAAGGAUUUUCCAAACAGUUAUGCAUGCUCCGUAGUAAACCUAGAGAGCUUACCCAACAAACUCAAUGUGGCCACGACACCUUACAACUCCAAAAAGAAUUCAAUCUAUAUUUUAAUUUGUCACUUUUUUUCUUUGAGUCAAGACCAGAAUGCCCCUGUGCUCCCAUAUCCCAGUGAUAGCCUCUCUUUCAGCUACUCCUGCUGUUGUUGUUCAGGAACCUUGUGGAAUAUCCUCUUCAGAGGGGGCCAUGACCAGGGUUGUUCCACCACCCGCUUUGAGAACCUGAGGGGAACCGGCCCGUUAAAACGAGUGGCAUUCACCGGAGCCACGGCAGCUAAGACUCACUCACUGUUGUAGCUGGUUGGCCGACCUCGUGCUGUCGGCCAUGUUGGAUAAACAGAAUGGUACACGGUCGGAGGCCACAGUUGGCCUGGAGCCGUCAGGUUUGUCGAGGUCCCGAAGCUUAUCGGUGUUUGACUGGAUGAAGAAACAGGUUGGUGGGUUUUGCUAGUGCUGCAUGUCCAGGAUUCUGUCAUGCUGUAGAUAGGAGGGCUAAAGGAGUCGUCUUCUGACUCUGAAGAACUGCAGCAGAAAGUGCCUGGACGCUGGUCUGGAAGGUCGGAGGAGGGAGUGUGUGUACAUAUAUAGAUGUAUAUUUCUGUUAUGUGAAUAAUUAUGUGAAUAAUAUACUGUCUGUUUGCCCAGAGUACAGUAAGUAACCACAAAGUAACCACAAAGCUGAAUGUGCUGUAAAUGACCAUUUUGUGAGUUCAUGCCACCAGAUCCUUUUUGACCACAUUUCCGCCGCCAAGUGUCAGGGCGUCGCCCCACUCCCCCCCCCCCCCCCCCCUUGCUUAGAAACACACUAGCCUGGCCAUCGACGCAUGUGUCAAUACAGAUCUGUUUCUCCCAAUUCGGUUUGCCUUUUUUCCCGCCCCAAAAUACUUUCCACAAUCUCCUCCUCUUUUCAUGUUAUUUUGUUGCUGUUGUUGUUCAUUAUCACCCCUUUACCCUCCGCUACUGUAUAUUUCUACAUAGCCGAAACGGUGUAAACCCAGUGUACUUUUAUCAUUCCAAAGCUUUUUCUUCUGGCUGGUCCUCGGACAGACGCAGACGCAGACACUGUGGGGAUCGUCCUGUUGUUUUCUUUACUCUGUGUUCCUAUAUGAUGUUGAUGUUGAGCCGAUGGGAAGAGACGCCAGUGUUUUUUGACCAUUGUACUUGUGGGGCAGGGUGUGUAUGUACCAGGGGCGAGAGGCGGGG